AUGUGCUGACAACUGGCAAGUGAUAACUGAUAAUGUGAAUAGUCUUUUUAUUAUGCUACGAAUCUUAAAAUUGUUAUUACGAAAAAGUAAAUUUAUUAAAGAUAACAAGUCAUAAAAUAAUUAUACGUUAAUUGAAUGUCUUGUUCACUUAUUAUCGACAAAAAUUGAUCUUAAAAUUUUAAUACCUUUUUGCAUUUAAGAUGGAUUUUUUUGAAAAAGCACAUGUUGCUAGAAAUCGUGAUGAUAAACAUAGUAAAGGGGAACAAACUAUGAAAAAGCAAUUAAAAUUAAUGUUACAAGGAUAUAAAACGAGCAACACUGAAAUAAUUAAAGAGGCUGAAAAUGUUAAAAUAGAUUUGGAUGAUUCUACUUCUGUAAGUGGUUUCUCUGAUCUCAAUUUGACGGGAUCUACUCACGAAGAUGAUACAAACAUAAGAGAACCAAUUGAAAUACUUAGCGAAAAUAGCGUAAUUAAUGGGAAAAAUUACAAUCUUCGUAAAAAUAGCUCUGAGUUGGAUUCACAAUCAAAAAAUUAUAUAGAGAGAUCUGUGUCUCCAAAUGAUACUAUUCAUGAUUUGUCAAGUGAUUCUUCAGUUGAGGAAAAAGAUUAUUUAAGCGAUACAUGUGAUUCUCCAUUAGGAUCUAACAGUACAAUUUCUUCAAAUUCUUAUAAUGAAAAUGUGCAAUCCUUGACAGAUUUGAAAACUACACUGCAUGAUUUGGAGUCACUUUCUUCCAAUAGUUCUUCCACUAAUUCAAGUCAAUCUAAAUUUGAUCCUGAUGGAAAGUUAGCCUUGCAAAUACUUGACAAAUUACAAGCCAAAGAAAGCACAAGAAAAGAGAAAAGGAAACUUCCUAUCAUUUUAAAUGAACCUGAUUCAAAAUCUCCUUCAAAAGAAAAAAAGAAACGCAGAAAAGAUACAGGUGAUAAGGUUUGGGAGAAAAGUAAAAAUAACAUGCAGGUUUGUUCCUCACCACCUUAUGUUUCUAUAACAGCUACCGAUGUAAAACCACAGAGGUUUGAUGAAAUAUUGGGCGAUUACAAACAUUCUACUGUAAGAAUAUUACCCUCUGUCCAUGAUACAUCUUCAUUAUCUCCAGAUUGUUCUGGUUUCUUUACAGAAAUAUGUGAAAGUGCUAACAUAACAAUGGAAAAAGACUGUAGCACUAUAACAGAAGACAAUAAUAGUUUUAAUAAUGACAUAACUGAUACAAACAUAGAAAAAAGAACUGGACCAAGUAAUAACAAAUCACUUUAUGAGAGAGACAUAUCACCAAGUAGAGAUGUAGAUGAAUAUGAAGAGUUAGCAUCGGAAAGUGAUGAGCCUAGUAGUUUUGCAAUUUAUAUUGUCAAGAAUAAUUGUAUUAUUGUGUUAAAGCAUCCUUCUGAAUUAUAUUUUCAUGGCAAACUGCUUGCUCAAGCUCUCAAUGGGCAUAUUGAAGUUGGUGGUUAUACAUUAAAGGACGAAGAAUGCCCUAUUAUUGCCCCUGUAUAUUCGUAUGCACAAUGCUUUAAAACAGUUGAAAAUAACAAUGAUUAUAGUAACUUGUUCAAUAAGUUGAAAACAGUUGGACUGUCUCUAGCAGAAGCUAGGGAAGUUACUGCAAACAUAGGCGAAUAUGGUGGAGUAUUGCUUUUAAAGCCAUUUGAAUGUCCAAGAAUAGAGUUUGUUGCUAAUAACUUCACAAAUGUACAUUUGUUCAAAUAUUCUAAUAAAGACAUUAGUUUGGAACAAGCAUCAAAUGUACUACGCUGUAGUUUGUAUUCUAAAAAGCCACCAAAGUGUUUAGAAGAAAAUCCUGCAUGGAAAUCUGUUAUGGAGAUUGUUCCAAGGGUACCUUUCAAAGGACUGGCAUGUGGAGGCAAGGGUAGUGGCAAGUCAACCUUUCUUAGAUACUAUGUGAACACACUUUUACACAAAAGUUCAGUGCUAGUCAUAGAUUUGGAUCCUGGACAGAGCGAAUUCACAGUGGCUGGCCAUGUGUCUGCUACUGUCGUUGAUUCACCUAUUUUUGGCCCCAGUUUUACACAUUUGAGGACACCACAAAGAGCACUCAACAUUGGUAUAAUAAGCACAAUGGAUAACGUAAGUCGUUAUAUAAACGCAGUUAAAUCUAUAAUUGUGUUCAGCGCAGAACACUUUAGCCAUCUGCCCUGGAUUAUUAAUACCAUGGGAAUGACAAAUGCUCUUGGUCUCGAAAUAAUUACAUUAAUUAUAAUGAUAACUGAACCUGAUCUUGUACUGCAGUAUGAUUCCAAUAACGCAAAGAAAAACUUCGCCUCUCAUCUCAGCCCACACAAUGUACUAGAUUUAUAUAAAAAGUUUAGAUACAAUAAAUUAUUUAGGGGUAUGUUGUGUCCUAAUUUGGAGUAUUCGUUCAUUCUGGCGCCGGACGCAGAAGCCAUUACAAAGAGCCGAUCUUUGGCCCCUCGAGAUGAAAGAUAUUUAAGUUUUUUGGCGUAUUUUGGACAGUUAGCCUCGAAUAUAAAACCCAAUGGAUGGUUGCUAGAUAUUGUACCAUAUGAAGUAUGUUUGAAGGAUUUGUAUGUAGCUGUGAAUAUACCAUUCAAAGAUUGUGUUACAAAAGUUAUCAAUGGUAAAGUGGUGGGGUUGUGUCAACACAACCCGAGAACACAAUGCAAAGAAAGAGUGUUUACAUUGUCUGACCAACCACUUCUGUGCCAUGGACAUGGUCUCAUACGAGGAAUUGAUUGGGAAAAGGAGGUUUUGUAUGUCAUCACUCCCUUGCCUGCUAGUAAGCUGUGCGAGAUCAAUACCAUACUGUAUGCAGAUUGGAUUCCUGACCUGAAGGGCCAAGAAGCACACCUUCCCGAGGGCACAAAGGUCCCAUAUAGAAUGACGGCACAACAGCAACAGAUGGAAUUUAUGACUCCUCCCAGAAGGAGGUUCAAUCCUUUACAACUAUUAAAAAUGACAAGGAAUUCAUAAACCAAUUGAAAGCUCAGUUGAUUAGUUAAUAAAUUUGUAAUUGGAAUAAAUCCAAGACAUUCUUAAAUUAUAAAAGGAAGUCUAAUUAUGUUAAUUCAUGUAUAUUUGAAAGAUAAUUUUGUACUUACAAUACUAAUAAAACAUAACAUAGACGAUUGAAUUUUAACUUAAAUAUUUUCCCCCAUCCUAAACCUUUGAUUUAUAAAUGCUGUAUUAAAUUUUAUAAAAGUCAAAAAGUCUAGAAAGAAUUGUUAAAACAUGGGGUUCACAUAAUUAUUAAUAAAUUAAAUUAGCAUGCAAUACCAUA